AGAACAGCAGUCACAUGAUCCGAUUGAGGGUCACGUGCAUAGUCUUGCGCAUGCGUAGUCCGCGAAGACUGCCGAUUCCACGUGUAAAAAUCUAGGGACAGAAGAUGGUCAACACGAAUGGUUAUCGUCGUGGGACUCGCUACCUCUUCUCCCGUCCCUUCAAGAAACAUGGGACGGAGCACUUGUCCACGUACAUGACAGUGUACAAAGUGGGAGACAUCGUUGGACGUGAAAGGGUCAUGGCGCCUUCCACAAGGGCAUGCCCCACAAGUUCUACCACGGAAAGACCGGGCGAGUCUUCAACGUUACUAAGAGAGCUGUGGGCGUUAUUGUCAACAAGCAAGUUAGAAACAGGACCAUUCAGAAACGGAUCAAUGUGAGGAUAGAGCAUGUGAAGCAUUCUCGAUGUCGGGAGGAUUUCCUCAAGAGAGUCAAGGCCAAUGAACUGAAGAGGAAGCAGGCGAAGGAGAGGGGAGAGAAGGUGGUGUGUAAACGACUGCCCGAGGAGCCACGGCUGGGACACUUUGUGAGGACGGGAGGCAAGGAGCCGGAGCUGGUGGAGCCCAUUCCUUAUGAAUUUGUGGCAUGAACUUACGUCAUCUUUUAGAUCUCUGUAAAUAUUA